CACGCUUAACAGGGAUACUCCCUAAGUAGUAAUUUUGAGGGUGUGAUUCAAUGUAAUUGGCAACCCGAGAGAUUAAUACUAGAUUAAAUCCAAUUUCCAUCCUCAUUUUAUUUAUGCAUCAAUUAACUAACUAGGGUUUGUUCAUGGCGACUUCAAAAGCUGUAACCAGACUCUGCUUUCGUCUUCAAUCUCUCAAAUUCAACCCUAAAUCCUCUCUUUCUUCCUCAUUCAUCCAGCUUUCUUCUUCCGCUCGCAUUACUUCCAGGUUACCAGUGGAAUUGAGCGCCUUGAUAACGAUGAUGCCGUUGCAUAGCGCCAUUGCAUCAUCAUGUUUAAAAUCAGGGUUGUUGAUGGAGUCUCAAAGCUGGGGAUUAGUCCCUCAAGGAAUUUCAAUGCCUUUAUGACACUCUCUGGCAAGCAUGAGUGGGCCAAGGCCGAAAGACACGAGCACUAAGAAAAGCCUGGGCAAGCCCGGGCAAACAUAGUAUAUAUAAAAAAUUUCGAUCGAAAUGCGAAAAAUUAGCACUACGGCCGAAAAACUUGCCCGGGCCAUGGCCCUGCCAUGGGCCUUCUAAGAACCGCCCCUGAUCGCAAGUUGAUUAGUCAUGUAAAGAUAACUAAAACCAAAAUGACAGCAAUGUGGCGGUCGAGGGAUUGCGAUGUGCGAUUUAAGAGUGAUUAUUUUUAUGACGUCUCAUAAUUACAACAAUUUGAUUUGGAGUAGAAACGUUAUAGUAAAGUAUGAGCAAUCUUUAAUAAUACAUUUAUCCUCACCAACUUUUAAUA